ACCUGUUUACAGUCCCACGGACAAAAUCAUUUCCCGUUUCACGCAGAAACAACGCUGUGUGGCCUAAACAGUAGACUAGGUAGCUAGUCUUGUUUAUUCUUCGCCUACAUAUCGAAUUUAGGCUGUUCGUAUUAGUGGACAUAAGACAAACUAUGCCUCUGUCCGAUCAAGAACAGAGAGGCCCCAGGAGACGACGACGGAGCCGAUCUGGCAGCGGCAGUCGAUCUCGCGACUCCAGUCCAGUCUUUGGGCCCAUGCCCAAGGCCCCCAGAUAUGAAGAAGACCUUAAACCUCCCCGAAUGUCCGAGAGAGAAAGAGAAAUGAGAGAGAGAAAUGCCAAAAGGUUUCGUACGGAAAACCCCCGCAGUCGUUCUAGAUCUCGAGAGAGGUACAGUAACCACAGCUGGUCUGAUCAGCGCGGUGGCGGCGCUGGUAGAUACGGAGGUGGUGGUGGCAGGAAUGAUUACUACGAACGGGAUGAUGCUCAACGCCAGAGACAAGACGCCUUCAUCUCCAGGCGGCUACAAGAGAGGGAGAGAAUUGGUGAACUCGGAUCACCUGAAGUCUGGGGCUAUUCACCAAGAGUAAUGGCACCAGACUCUGAUGAACAUACCCCAGUUGAAGAGGAUGUGAAAAACAGCAGCUCAGAUUCAAGCUCAUCCGAUGAUAAGAAGAAGAAAAAGAAGAAGAAGAAAUCCAAAAAGAAGAAGAACAAGAAACACUCCAAUGACAGCGAGUCAGAGUCGGACUCUGGUGAUGAGGAAGUGAAAAAGAAGAAAAAGAAGAAGAGCAAAAAGUCAAAGAAGUCCAAGAAGAGGAAGGCGAAGAAGAACCGCAAGCAGUCAGCGAGCGACUCCAGCAGCGACGGGUCGGAGGAGGAGGACGCCAACGGGGAUCUGUGGGUGGAAAGGACCUGCAUCGACGAACACAUGGUGGGCCCUGAGGCCCCACUCACUCACCUGUCCCAGGAUGACAAGCCUCUCGAUUUUGGUCAUGCACUGCUGCCGGGUGAGGGUGCCGCUAUGGCAGAGUACGUGAAAGCAGGCAAGCGUAUCCCAAGAAGAGGUGAAAUUGGGUUGACCAGCAAUGAAAUCGCAACCUUUGAGAUGUCUGGCUUUGUGAUGAGCGGUAGCAGACAUCGUCGUAUGGAGGCUGUGCGUCUGAGAAAGGAAAACCAGAUCUACAGUGCUGAUGAAAAGAGAGCUCUGGCAUCUUUCAACCAGGAGGAAAGGAGAAAGAGGGAGAGCAAAAUCCUCUCCAGCUUCAGAGAAAUGGUGUACAGGAAAACUAAAGGCAAAGAGGAGAAAUGAACCAUUUUGUUUCUCUCCUUUCAGAACUUUCAGCUUUGGAGACCAUUUUUUACAAACAUUAUCUUUCGUUGUUUAGUUUCCCAUCGUUUCAUGAUUUGAUAAUGUAAUUUUUUCCCCUCUUUGUAUUGUGAACUAGGCCUAUAUUUUAAGCAUCUGACACAGUGGACUAUUUUGUUUAUGUAGAAAGUUGUCGGAAAAUGAAUAUUGGAAAGGGCUUGUUUUCCUGGGGUCACAAAGCAAACACAAGAAUGGACCAGGAAGCUAUACUUAGCCUAAUACAAAAUGUCUCUAUACACUAUUACAAUAUUGUGCAUCCCAACAUAAAUCAAAUCCAUCCCUGAACCUUCUACCUAUUAAUGUAACUUUUAGUGUUGGAAAAGUGCCUGUAAAAUCACAAGUUACGUGUUCAGGAUUAAUAAAUCAUUUAAAAAUA